AUGGCCACACCUUUCCUCGUUGGCAUCGGCGCCAUAGGUGCAGCUCUCAUCGGCCGCCAAGUCCUUCGUGCUGGUGCCAAAUCCGGCGCUGAGCAAUUCGUCAAGGGUGGGUUCAAAACAAAAAUGGAUCGGAAGGAGGCGAUUGCAAUCCUUGGUCUGAAAGACACCCCUCCUCUACGAACGAAACUCAAAGACGCACACCGACAAAUCAUGCUUGCGAACCACCCAGACCGAGGCGGUUCGCCAUACCUCGCGAGCAAAAUUAACGAAGCGAAGGAUUUACUGGACAAAUUGGAAGGAAGAGGGCGAUAA